AUGCAUGAACAAAUGGAAGACGACACGCACAAGGAAGGUGCGAAGGAGGAACGACUCACCUACCACUAUAACGGGCACCGCUCUAGGAAAAAGUGCCCCAUCGGGGGAAACGAUGAAGCGGACUGCAGCAUGGCACGUUUUUGCGAGGGCUAUUCCGCACUGCCAGACGACAGCGGAGGGAGCGCCAACUCGGAAACAUCUACACACGGGAAUAGCACAACGGGAAGAAGUUCAGGCACAGGACGGACCGCACAUUCGAUCCAUGCCAAUAAGCGCACCAUGAGCAGUCGAGAAGAUUCUCCAACCCAGCGCAUAUUUCUUGUGAAAGGAUCAAACUCUUCCAACGCCCCAAGUGACAUGCGCGUAGCUGCAAAGCGAUGGCUCCUACGCGAUUCCUGCAAACAAGCACACUCAUCAUACGAGGCGCAAAUGCACAGCACACACGACAGGGCGCACCACCUCGAGCUGUCCAUACCUCCAAGGAACCGAAAUAAGGAGAGAAGAAAAAUUCAAAGGAGGUAUGCCUCCCACCCGAACGUAAGUGGAAGACCUCACGAAGUUACACCUGUUAGAAAGUUCCCACGCAGUCCAUUUUUCCAUAAAGACGAAGCGGUUAAAAUGAAAAGGAGAGAAAAACCCAACGAGUGCGGCCAAACGCGUAUAGGUGACAAUGCAAAAGUAACAUGUGGCACAAUGCUUGGGCUAACCAAAUUACGAAACGUGUACGAAUGGAACAACAACUACCAUGUACGCAGCAGUACGCUACAUGCUACAUUCCAGAGGAAUGGCCACCCACCUAAGAAGAAAGUAAAGGACAACAAACAGAAGCAUAAGUCAAAUAUGGCUGCUUCAACAUAUAGGUACAAGUUAGAACGGGAGGACAAAAACCCUCCCGACAUGAAUAACAACCCCUGUGGACAUGAACUGUUCCAAGUUAAAUUCCUGUGUCAAGCAAAGGGAUACGAUCUGCAAAAAAUAAGUCUCGUGUUCAAUGCAAAAAAGAUAAAGUACGUCUUCCACGACAAUAAUAACAUUUUGUGUGCAUUUUUAACGCCAGAAAAACGUACAAAAUAUUUUUACAGCUUCGAAGAUAUAGGGAACAUGGACUGCUUCAAUUUUGUGAAAGACGUCACUGCUGCAGAUGCUGAAUAUAUUGUUUUUAUUUUUAUAAAUGGAUCUGUGGUCAUAUGGGACAAUUUCCCUAAGUGUUACAGAAAGGACGUGUUCAUUAAUAAGGUUAUUGUUUUUUUAAAUUCUUACUCCGACGAGCUGCUACCUGUGCAUGUGGUGCAAGAGGAUACCAUGUAUUACCAUGAGUGGGGGGGAGAUGAAGAAAUACUUAGCCCAACCACGCCUACAUGUUCGGAAGAGCUCUUCCCCACAUCGUGUAUGGACACUCCACUGAUCAGCGGGGGAGUCAUCCAUCUGCGAAGCGGUUCCCUGGAACAGAAACUAAUCGUAUCCUUCGCCCUCUCGCAGUCCAUUCGCCUCGAUGUGCACGAAAUGCUCAUGGACACCACCAUCAACAAACUCUUCAUCAUUUCCAAGCAGAUUGCCAGUAGCGGCACCUGCACCAUUUCCAAGCAGGAAGGUUCAAGGAUGCUUGAUGUGUACUCUAGUAUAAUUAACGUUAAUGCUGUGCAGGACUUCCUCGACGUCCCUGAAUAUUUCUGGAAUAAGGUUCAGUACGAGAACGCAUGGUUUGAGAUAUACACAUACCUGGAGAUCCCGGAGCGGAUCAACAUCCUGAACAAGCGGUACAACUACUACAAGGACUUACUCAAGGUGAUAAAGACGGAGGUUUACAACGACAAGACGUUCUACAGUUACCGGGUCAUCGUCCUGCUGCUCUUCAUACACGUAUGCGCGCUGAUUCUCAACGAUCUCUUUUUCGCCCAAUGA